AUGUCCGACGAAGAGACUGAGACCAAGCCCUUCAAGUUCGUCACUGGCUUCGAUGCCCGCUUCCCGAACCAGAACCAGACGAAACACUGUUGGCAGAACUAUGUCGACUACCACAAGUGCAUCCUAGCCAAGGGCGAGGACUUUGCUCCCUGCCGCCAAUUUAAACUGGCCUACCGAUCCUUGUGCCCGAACGGAUGGACCGAGCGAUGGGAUGACCAGCGUGAAAAGGGUAUUUUCCCAUGCAAGCUUGACCAAUAG